GAAAAAACAUAACCCAUUACUCCAACACAAACUAAAAAAAAGGAUAUGAUGAUCCUAAGCCAUUGUUAUUGCGUUUCUGGUUUUAUGUAUAUAUAUGUAUCCUUCUUAAUCCACACGCUCGCUUCUCCUACGUUCCACACUUGCCGCCACGACCAGAGGGAUGCUCUUUUGGAGUUGAAAGACGAGUUUCCAGUUGACGAGUCUACUAAUACAUGGAUAGCUUCGUGGAAUAAGAGCAGUGAUUGUUGUCACUGGAAGGGUGUCACCUGUGAUGGAAAAUAUGGCCAAGUGAUAUCACUGGAACUAAAUGAGACCUUUCUCAACAGCUCUUUGAAAAGUAGCAGCAGCCUUUUCAGACUUCAAUAUCUUCGUCACCUAAACCUUAGCAGUUGCAAUCUCCAUGGAGAGAUUUCUUCUUCAUUAGGUAACCUUUCUCGUCUCACUUCCGUUGACUUUUCUUAUAAUAAACUGGUCGGCGCUAUUCCAGUUUCAUUAGCCAAGUUAACAAAGCUUUCCUAUCUUAGCCUCACCUCUAAUAACUUCACAUCCACGCUUCCACCAGACUUGAGUGGAUUCCACAACUUAGAGUAUUUUGAUGUCAGUAAAAACUCAUUUAUCGGGCCUUUCCCUAAAUCCUUGUUCUCGAUUCCUUCGUUACAAUCUGUAAAUUUGGGAGAUAACCAGUUCACAGGACCUAUAGAGUUUGUGAAUACAUCUUCAUCUAAGCUUCAUUUUCUUGGUCUUUCCCGUAACAAAUUUGAAGGCCUAAUCCCUGAAUCUAUAUCUAAAUUUCUCAACCUCAGACAAUUAUAUAUGAGCCGAAACAAUAUAACAGGGUCAAUUCCUAGAUCUAUAUCAAAGUUGGUCCACCUCACAGAUUUACAUCUUUCCAACAACAAGUUAAAAGGCCAAGUGCCAAGUUUCUUAUGGAGACUGACAACGAUGACUCUUUCUCACAAUCAUUUCACCAGUUUUCAAAACUCUUCACAGGAAACACUGAUCCAAAUACUGGAUCUAAGUUAUAAUUCAUUUCAAGGACCGUUUCCUCAUUGGAUCUGCAACUGCAAGCAUAAAGGGUUGAGAUAUUUAGAUUUGUCCAGCAAUCUCUUCAAUGGCUCGAUUCCUCCAUGUUUAAGCAACUCUAUUGUCUCUCUUACGGAGCUAAGUCUACGUAACAAUAGCUUCAGUGGACUUCUUCCAGAUAUAUUCGUCGAUGCUACCAAGUUACGAUCAUUAGACGUUAGUCGCAAUCAGUUGGAAGGAAAGUUCCCAAACUCUUUGAUAAAUUGCAAAGCUCUACAACUUUUGAACGUGGAAAGCAACGGAAUCAACGACGAGUUUCCGUAUUGGUUAGGAUCUCUACCGUCACUAAACGUUCUCAUACUCAGAUCGAACGAGUUCCACGGGCCGUUGUAUAAUCGCCACGUGUCCUCCAGCGGGUUUCGGAGUUUGAGAGUGAUCGAUGUUUCGCGUAACGACUUCUCCGGAACUCUCCCGCCUCGCUAUUUUUCCAGCUGGCGCGCGAUGACCACGUUGACCGAAGGAAAAAAUUAUGACUACGUGGUAAACUUCGUCAAGUAUUAUUCUAGCUACCUGCUGCUCUAUCGCUCGAUGGAGAUGGUGAACAAAGGAGUGGAGACGAGGUUCGAACGCAUCCAAAAAGACUUCAGAGCCAUUGACUUUUCUGGAAACAGAAUCCACGGCGAGAUUCCUGAAUCUUUGUCCCUUUUGAAAGGACUGCGUCUACUCAACUUGUCAGGUAACGCCUUCGCAAGUGAUAUCCCACGGUCCUUGGCGAAUUUGACGAAUCUUGAGGCACUAGACCUCUCGAGAAAUAAACUGUCAGGUCAGAUCCCUCGAGAUCUUGGUGAACUCUCCUUUCUGUCAUACGUGAACUUCUCUCAUAAUCUUCUCCACGGUCCAGUGCCACGAGGCACACAGAUUCAGAGGCAGGAGUGUUCUUCGUUCUUGGACAACCCUGGACUCUACGGACUUGAAGAGAUCUGUCAGCAAACCUAUAGCUUGAAUCCUACGACAAUACAGCAAGUCCAAGAACAUUCGGAGACAGAGGAACAAAUGUUCAGCUGGUUAGCAGCCGGAAUAGCCUAUGGACCUGGUGUAUUCUGUGGAUUGGUAAUCGGACAUAUUUUCCUUUCACACAAUCAUGCAUGGUUCAUAAAAACCUUUGGUCGAAGAAAACGAGUCUCUACAAGGACUCGUUGAUUCUUCGUGUGUUUUCCAAAGUUCUAGUUUGUGUGUGUGUGUUGUUUUAAUGUAAUUCCUGUUUACUGUUUUUGUAGUAAAUAUAUCUUGUAAGUUUUGUGUUCAAUAAAAAUUUAUGCGUUAGUUUUCUAGUUA